UCUGAUUUAGUUAGCACCUCUUUAACAUGGGUGCCACAAACGGUAAGUUUAAAUCGACGCGCAUACUAAAAUUGGACGGCAGCGGAAGCCCGUCGCAAAUGGCGUCGGUCGAGAAAAGAGCCAUGUGAUUUCGUUCCGUCGUCUGCACAGUAACAUUGAAAAUAUUCUUAAAGCUGGGUAUUCUGAAACCGCUGGAAUAGGCUGCAGUGUCAUUUCUCUGUUUUGGACUUUUCAAGCAAGCGGCUCAAAGUGGUGUCGCUUUAAAUACUAAGAUGGAUUUCAACUCUGCGCUAUCUGGGGCAGGCGACUUUGGCACCUAUCAGAAGCUGCUGGUGAUGUUGCUGGUGGUUCCCUCUGGCGCUCUUUGUGCGCUCGUCUACUUCACCCAGUACUUCAUCAUCCUCAUCCCCGAGCAUUAUUCGUGCCGUCUCGCUGAGGUUCCCCAAGCUUUGCUAAAUGCGUCCAAUCUCACGUCCGAUCUCCUGAGGACUCUGGCCUUGCCGCCUGACGAAGAAGGCAAGGGAACACUCAGCCAGUGUCAAAUGUACGAUGUCAACUUGACAUCUCUUGUUGAGGCUGGCACUGUAGAGGUGAAUGCUUCGUGGGACACGGUGGGCUGCCAAAAUGGCUGGGACUAUAAUUUUGGCAACCUCUAUCCAACGAUCGCUACGGAGCUGAAUAUGGUGUGUGACCAAGGCCAUCUCUCAUAUUACAUACAAACCUUUUUCUAUGCUGGAACCAGCAUAGGUUCAGUAUUUUUUGGCUUCAUUGCAGACAGGUAUGGCCGAAAGCCAUCAAUAGUUCUAAGCUAUGCCCUGGCAUGGCUGGCCGGCUUGGUGUCGUCUUUUGUGACAAACCUGGUUGGCUUCACCAUUCUGCGCUUUCUUGUGGGAAUGUGCAUCAUUCCACUUUCAGAAGAUCCUUAUGUGCUUAGUCUUGAAUACAUAGGACCUCGCUGGAGAACAUUACCCAUAGUGCUGUGGGCACUGUCAUACAUCAUCUUCUCAAUGCUGUGUCCAUGGUUGGCCUAUGGCAUUCAUAACUGGACCUAUCUGUCUGUGUGUACAAGCAUGCCCUUGCUGCUGGUUGUCGUCUUCAUGAGGUUUGUGCCAGAAUCUGCCAGCUGGCUGCUGACACGAGGCCGGAAUGAGGAUGCAGUGAAAUACUUGCGCAGGGUGGCCUUCUUCAACAAGAGGGACAUCCCUGAGAAUCUGGAGCUGAAGGCAGAUCGGGGGGCCAAAGAAGAUGCCAAGAGGGUGACAUUUCUGGACUUGUUCCGCACACCCAGGAUUCGCAAGCAUUCGCUGCUGAUGCUGUGUGCAUGGUUUGUCACGUACUGCUGCUACCACACCAAUGUCUACAACACGUCAUUCCUUGGCACAGAUGUAUACAUUUCGUACACGUUGGGCUCCCUAGUGGAGCUGCCUGGAAUGCUGCUUGUGCUGUUUGGCUUGGACACGCUUGGUCGUCGCUGGCCCAUGAUUAUUGUGACGGGUGUUGCUGGCAUUGUUGGCAUCCUGUCCAUUCUCUUCCGCAACGGUUCCCACACUUCUGUACUGGUGCUGAGCCUUCUAAUGAGGGUGUGCCUGACAGCCGAGUAUGACACCAUCAUGCAAUAUUCUGCUGAGGUGUACCCGACCGUUCUCAGGGGUCGUGGCCUAGCAUUGCUCCGCUUUGCCGGCACCCUCAGCCUUUAUGUUAGCCCAUCUAUUGUCUAUUUGUCUCGCCUGGACCCCACGUACCCAAUGCUCAUCACUGGCGUCAUGUCGCUUGUUCUGAGUAUCCUGUCCCUGUUCCUGCCUGAAACCAAAGGCAAGCACAUGCCACAAACCCUGCAAGAUGGGGAACUCUUUGGAGCAGACCAGCGCAUCUUGGAUUUUCCUUGCCUUGGGGACAAAGGCGAGCCAACAAAUUGUGAUCCACCCAGUGUUUCUGCUGCAGUGAGCUGCUAGGCAUGGACAAUCGGCACUUUUCAUCUCCGAGUGCUUGGCACGAUCAGCAUUGAGUUAGGCCAUUUGCAGGUUCAAUGUCCUUGUGAUGGGCACAUUCACAGAUGUUUUGUUACGUUCAGUCUAUUCACGAUGCAAUUACGAGAUAGUAAGAAUGUGUGGGGAUUUUUUUAAUAUUUAGGAAUGCUUACAUACUUUCUACCUGGGACUAAAUCAGUUAAGUAUGCCUGCAAUAUUUUUCUUUGAUCUGUACUAUUGCAAUCAAAAGUUUGCAGGGCGUGGUAUCUGCAAUAUAGCUGGAUGUUUCUGCAUCUUUUGCAUGCUGCUUAGAAUUAGAUUUCAGCUCGCACUAUUAGUAUGUGUGAACAACAUAGCAUUCUAUUGUUUUACAGGCUGCAAGCGCAUGUUGUCCGAUAAUUCAGGCUUUUUGUAGAACCCACGCCCUGUAAAUCCGUAUAACUUUUUGUGCCAUGUACUUAGUGAUGUGAUCUAGUAACUGAGCUGGCAUAUGCUGCUCUGUGCAAGGUAAGCCCAAAAUGUGGCAAGAGUACAAUGUAGGAAGUUGCUAGAAAUCCAUUGCUUUGCUGAUAAAGCCCAAUAUUGGGUUUAUUGGCAAUGAUGAGAGCUUUAUAAGUUUUCUAGAAAUGAAUGUGCCUUGUGAAAGAGCUUUUUUGCUAACUGCAAAGGGUUUGUAAUCACUAGUGCCAUAGACAAGUGCUAUGCAUUUUCUUAGUUUUUCCUUAAGCAGGAAAUGCUAAAUCUCAUAGGUGGCACACGAGUUAAAGUAUGGUUGCAACUUUUACAGCAGUUAAGAUGGGCACUUUAUGACUCUUCUGUAAGGUACUAACUACUACAUGCUUAUUCAUGGUACAGUCAGCUAAAAGGAGUGAGCCACUAAUUUUGUACAUGCUUCUUCAUAAUGGUGAGUUGUGAUUUGUAAGAUGUAAUUUUUUACACUCAUUUAUUGCUCAUACAUAUAGGUAACGUUGGUUGUCAUACGGUUUCUGAAAUGGGCCACAUUAUAGCAGAAGUGACAGAAAAGUUAUUGACUACGGUGAAACUGUCUGUCGUCACUAAUAGGAGAGAAAUGAGAAAAAUAAUGUGAGAAGCCUUGCUGUAAUUUAGUUAACUUAUAUUGAGCUACCCCAAUCGUUUGCCAAUGUAUUGAUGCCACAAUGUGUGAACGGAGGAGUAGGUAAUGAUGGCACCUGCUAACAUUAUUCUCACACACAAAUGUUUAAAGUUUCAGGCCAUGUAAUCUGUUAGUUUUUCAUGCCUACAGCAUGAGCUUGUAAAAUGUGUGGUAGUGAGUGCACCACAUGCAACAUGUGGGGAGAAUGAGUUAGGAUUAGCACUGGUGGUUGCACUGUCUUUUCAGAUGCACCGAACUUUUUUUAAUGUACUGUCACCUUAAAAUUUCUCUCACUUUCAUCUUUAUCAUGCAGAACUGCAAGAAAAAAGCUAAUAUACCAAAACACUAUACUGCCCCUGUGCCUUCUUCCCAGUUUGUGUGCAUUGGUUUUCGUGUUUCUUGAAAAAAAAAAAAAAGUUAUGCGACUCUGACUUCUACUCUUUCUCAUGGCUGUUUUCCCAGUUAUGUAUAUUAGCUGAACUGACCAGAUAUCCCACGGUCCCAACUGGUUUUGUGCUCUGUCAAACCUCUGUGGUUCCCUAGUUGGCACAUGCUAGAGUGCAAGUUGCUGUCCGCAAGACAGAUGUGCGGCUUCCGUGCUCAAGAGAGGCAAUUGAAAAACAUUCACUGUCUUCCCACCGAAUUGCUGACAGUUGGUGCACGCAAGUAUUCUCAUAGUCUGGCCCUAGACAUUAAGAAUGGAUUGGUUCGAGCUUGUGUGCAGGUAUACUCCUCAUUUUCAAUUAUCUGCAGUGCAGUGGAAGCUAAGGAUCACAUCAGCCAACUAGCAGCAAAAGCCGACUGCUUGUCUCGCCCGCAGAUUGUCUCACUUGUCUCGCCCGCAACCUCUCAUGAGUGAUGCUGGCUCACAGGGAUGGAUUAGCGAUGCACAAUGAGUGUGCGCUUCUUUCUACCACGAGGCAUCUUUUUGGUCGACAUGUGGGACCGUGAUCUUUUUUCCUGCUUUGCUGGGCUGUUAAGAUGAAGCAUAGAGACAAGUUUCACGAGUAUUCCCUGCCAGCCACGCAUACAAUGAGAAUCUGAAUACUGAGCAGAGUGGCACUCUGUUGAGUGUAGCACUGAGCAGCUGUAUUUGCAAACGAAAGCAAAAUGGAAGUAUGUCGCUUGAAUCUGCAUUGUCACCCCCAUUCCCUUUCGCUACCUAUGCACCCUGCCUGACUCAUCCCUAUGCCUGCCUGACUGCAUCCUCUGACUCGUCCCCUUCCCCAACUUUUGUGUGCCACGCUGUUGGGCUUUGGGAAGUCUGAUCAUUUUAGCUUUUUGCGAGAUGCAUUCAAGUGCUUGCACAGCAUAUCCUCCAACAUUUUAUGUGUUAUAAAAUAUGAAUAUUGUGGUUGAAUGAUUGCUGACUAUUUGUCUUGUGAAAGUGCUUGUCUUUUGUAUGUACAAACCAGAGUGGCAUUUAUGGCUGUAUGUCCCAAAUGCUAGUGUUAAUCACAUGCAGGCCUACCUGUAGCCUACAAAUAACAUUAGCCGUGUUACUUGUGUGCAAAUGUGAAGUUCUUGGUGACCUGCUGAGGUUACCUUGACAUUACCACGCACUGCUUUAGUAACAAAUUUUCAAAUGACAUCUUUUGCACCACUGACUGUAUCGAGCGUGCAUGUUUUGUUCGCAGGCUUGGUGCAUGGGCAACAUGUUUAUUUCAUAAUCAUUUAGGCGACAAGAGUGCCAACAGGCUGUUAGGGCAAGGCUUUAGAAUGCAAGGUUGGGAUAAGAAUGUCUGUGCUGUGGUAAAGCACCGGCUUAAAUAAUCUGUGUAUAUUGUCACCUGUAGUAGUGGGAAUAGGGCAGGCGCAGAGGCGCAAGAAGAAAGAAGUGUGCGUGCCAUAAACCUUCAUUAUUUCUUCGCGCACAACGGUGCGGAUGAGUUCUCGAAGGUUGUCAUUAUUGUUUCCAAUGGCCGUCAAAAUGUCUGUACUCGCGUUCACUUGCCGAUAAUAAAAGUUUGAGCGAUGCUGAAGCAUCUUUUCCAUACUUACAGCCUCGGCUAAAAAUUCGGCGACAGUCUUGGGAGGAUUGCGCACCAGACCAGCGAAGAGCUGCUCCUUCACCCCUCGCAUCAGGUGACGCAGCUUCUUGUCCUCGGUCAUUCCAGGGUCUGCUCGUCCGAAGAGGCGCGUCAUAUCUUCGACGAACGCAGUAACGCUUUCGUUGGGAAGCUGGACUCGGGCCUGGAUUGCUCGUUCGGCUCGUUCGCGGCGAUCGGGACUGGCGUAGUUGUCUAGUAGCUGACGACAGAAGUCGCGCCACGACGUCAGUUGCUCCUCACGGUUUUGAAACCAUGUACGCGCGCCGUCCUCCAGGCAAAAGUAGACAUUCCUAAGUUUAGUCGCGUCAUCCCAUUCGUUGCAUUUGGCCACGCGAUCGAAGUCGGUCAUCCAGUCUUCUACGUCUUCGAAGACGUCGCCAUAGAACGACUUCGGCACCAGUGGAUUUUGAAGCGUAUACCGAUUCGUCAUUGCACGUUCCAUACCGGUUGGGGUAGUCUGAAGCACUGCGGUGUCUUCAGUAUCUUCAGGAGGCAGUCCCCGGAUCCUGCGGCUGGUCCGAUGGACGGGAGUAUCGACUAACACAGGGCUGGUGCUUCCGCUCCCAAGAGGAGUCUGCGGCAUGAGUGAGAAGUACCCAGCACCUCCACCACUUUGCCAGGCGCCUUCAAAGGGGGCUAACGACGUUUAUUUAUGAGCAGCGCUGGGCUCUGGAGAAAAUGGCUGCGAGAGCUAACUAUCGAGCGGGGCGGUUUACGCGCACUUCUUUCUUCUUGCGCCUCUGCGCUUGCCCUAUUCCCACUACUACAGGUGACAAUAUGGUGCCUCAGCGAUUGUACUACACUUUUGCGCAUGUAGCCUAUCUCGGCAUGUAACCUGCAUUCAAAUUGCAACCCUCAGGAGAAGGAAAAUUUCAUCAUAGCAGCCUGGUGCAGUUGUUCACUCAAUCCAAAGCUCCAGAUAUGAUUUUGUAUGUUAUGUAAUCUCUGCUGCUUGGUGUUGAACAGCGGUAUGGCUAUGCGGCAAUGCCUUCUUUAAUGCAGAGAAGCUGCAUCCAAAGACAAAAUUUGAGAAUAACUUGUGCACAACAGUGUUCUUAAUUUAAGUUAUCCAAAUGUUUGGUUAAGGUUUAUAAACAUUAAAAUAUGGUACUAGGCUUUUCCUGGAGCAUUGAAAGCACAGACUCUUUUGCAGAGCUUACUGACAUAAGCACAAUGAAUUGUUUUGGGUAAAGAGGAAGAAUGAGCUUGCCAUGUGGAAAGUUGAAUGUUUAUACUGGCUUCAAGUUUUUGGUGAGCAAGUGAUCCUUGCAGAAUUUAGGCAGCUAGUAUACACUCCCAAAUUUUCUGUGAUUACACCAAUUUCAUUUCUGCACAAGCUAUUAUUUGAAUAAUAGAAUGUAAUGCUGUAAUGCCUCUUGUAUUAUUGUGAGACACCACAUUCUGAACUUAAAAUCAAUCUAGAUGCUCAAAUUAAAGUGAUUCUGCUAAGAAGAAACGAUAAAGAAAGAAUAGUCCGAAGGCCAUGGCACAUUUUAUGAUAUACUGAGCAUUACAGAAUUAAUGAGGUGGCUUACAAUUUAUGGAAAAGAAAUCACUCUCUUGAAUCUCAUUGUAGUCAUUAGUCAUAGAUCAGUGUUAAAACUUUAUUUGUUGAUGUUGUGGAUGCUAUUCAUUACCGAUGAAGUGAAAAAUGACCCCUACAGGGCAUAUAUGUUUUUGAUGUUGCUAGAGAGAGUGUGAUCUUCAGUAUCUCAGGACGCAUUUCAACAUUGAUAUUACACAAUGUGAGAAAUGCUAUGUGGCUUGUUGUCCACAUACAUAUCCAAAGAAAUAAAGGUCACCAUAAGAGGCGAACAAAGUACUACAACGAAGAACCUGCCACGUUUGUUUCCAUAUGACAUUUACAUAUGUACGAUCUCUGGCUUAGUACUUUCGUUCAGUGAUUUAUUUGUGUAACAUUGUAUGCAGUUGUGAAGUUCUCGGCAACCUGCUGGUAUACUUUUUUUCGUUACCUGCUGUUAUAGUAACAAGUUCUCAAAUGAAGCCUUUUACACUAAUAAUUAACCCCCUUGUUAAUCUUCACUGGUGUUGUGAGAAGUGAUGAAUCUGUCAGAUGCAUUGGAAUUGAAAGUAAAAUGUUGGAGAGA